UUAUUUUGAAGGAUCCAGAGCGGAAGUGUCACUGCGGCUGUGGAGAAGAAGAAGAAGGAGCUAACGUUAGCAUCACUCUCUCUCAGCUAGUUUCUCUCAGAGUAACAACAUUUAAGCUCUAGGUAAACUAGAGAAGUAAACGGUGUCUGACAAUGAUCAUCCCUGUCAGGUGCUUCACGUGUGGGAAGAUCGUGGGUAACAAGUGGGAGGCAUACCUCGGCCUACUACAAGCAGAGUACACUGAGGGUGAUGCCCUUGAUGCCCUGGGCCUGAAGAGAUACUGCUGUCGGCGGAUGCUCCUUUCUCAUGUGGAUCUUAUUGAGAAAUUGUUGAAUUAUGCUCCACUGGAGAAGUGAUUGUGACCGGCAUGGACUUUGUGGACAUUCAAUCUGUCCAUGCCACAGCCCUGUUAUUAUAUUGAUGUGACAACAAAUGGCAACUAGAGUGGAUACGUUUGGAACAUUAAUUUGUGCACCUAUUUGAUAAUGCCUUUUUUCUAAAUAAAGCUGUAAAAUGACAGUUA